AUGUCCGAAGGGACAAUCACCGGUAGUGUGCAUAGUAUUUGCUCUGUGAUCGAUGAAUAUACUGCUUGCCGCGAUGUCAAGAAUUUAGAAAGACAAUUUACUUUGUUAUACCAGUGCAUACAAGACAGCGACCUACCUUAUGUGGUCCAGUGGAUGUGUAACUGGCUAGGAAAACUUUGUUUGUUAGGUGACGGUAGUUUAGUUCUCGUAUUUGAACAAAGUCUACUUGAAAUAUCCGUUUCAUUUGACUGUGAUCAGUGCGUUCUUCUUCUUCAGAGUUUCCUUAAUACCUUCAGUAAUGUGGGAUAUUUUACUCGAAUUCUUAAAGCUAUAUCUGUUUGUGCUAUUAAAAUCGAAUUAAAAUACUUUGGCCGAAUCAAGGAAUCCUUUAAUUCAUCUCCACAUCUUGAUUUUAGGUAG